AUGUGGUCAUUCGUUAUCAUACUUUCAAUUCUAGUUCCACUUGUCGCACCGAUCAAUGUCAGUGCACGUAUGAUCAAUCAAACCACAGCGAAUAUCUCGUGGAUUUAUCCGUUGGAUUCCAAUAAUCCUGAUGAUAUAGCAUUACUCGGUGGAAUGAUCAAGGGAUUCUAUGUGAUUGUCUUCGCACCGGAUUCGAUUCAACCACCCAUUGUUCAUCGAAACUAUGAAGGCACCAUUGGUACUCAAUACUGGGAUAUUGUUGGUAAUUUAACACCUGGUACAACUUAUCACGCUCAAGUGAAAGCAUUUACCAAGAAAGGUGAUGGCAAACCAAGUGUACCAUACAUAUUCACAGUAGCCAAAGAUGAUUUCGAACAUCCAUCACCAACCGAUCUAGAAGCAUAUGUUGUCGAUGCUAACACGUUAAGUGUCACAUGGGAUUUGCCUGGCGAUCUACAUAACAUUGAUAAAAUCUAUAUUACUGUUACCGAACUCGGCGAAACGAAUCGAACGAUUCAAACACAAUCGUUUGAUAAGACAAUUAAGAAAUUUGAUAUUCAAAUUAAUGAUAAAGACCCAAACAGUAUUCAUACAAACACAACCGUUCAGUUUGCGGCGCGUUAUUGCGAUCACAGUGGUCAAAAUUCGUCGACAAUUGACUAUCAACUUUAUAUCAAUACAUUAAUUUUUUAUAUUCUUCUAUUAACUUCCACUAAUUUGAAACCAAUUAAUAAUUCUAUUGUGCGCUCCAGUAUCUAUUAUGUUCAAACGCCUGGUUCAUCAAUUUAUCCAUCUCCGCGUGGUGUGAAUGUUACUCGUAUCAAUGAUACGGCAAUCAAGGUGUCGUGGUCACCAAUCUACUAUCCACAUGUCGAACGGUAUUUGAUUUACUACAAUGACAAAGCGGAAAACAAACCAGAAAAUAAAUGGUCACUCUAUACACCAACGAAUCAAAGUGCAACCACGGCGGUAAUUGCUGGUCUUAAACCUGCUGCGAUGUAUAACGUACGCGUCAGUGCAGAAUUUUCAAAUAUCAAUAUGAAUGAUCCAUCCCAUGCAAUCGGAACUAGUCCACGCGAAGGUUAUCUAUCAGAUGUUCAUGUUGCUGAUAUUUAUCAUCGUACAAAGCAUACCAUUCAAUAUGAUAGUCAAUUAAGUCGACCCUAUAAUAUGAGUUAUACGGAUCUGACAUCAAGUAGUGUGAAAUUACUCUUUUCUUUCAAUGAAUUGAAUCUCGAUCCCCGUCGACAAAUUCAAAAACUCGAGGUGCAUUACGAAGGAAUACAAAAUUAUAUUGAUGGGUUAGGAACAGCGCGUACAACAACCCAUCACAAUUCUGCUGGUCUUAUUACGAUUCCUCCCACGCAAGGUACACGCGAAUGGUUAGUCACUGGCCUAGCGCCCAAUACGCGUUACACUCUUAAUUUAACCGGCACACUAACGACUUCCGAACAAUCAUCAACAAAAAUUUAUAGUCAGCCUGCGACAAUCCAGUUUUCGACAGACUACGAUGUUCCACCGUACGUUGAUCGACCGGAUCUAGACCGGCGAACCAUUUCGGGUGGAACUCAUCAGCAAGUUUAUCUUCGUUUACAUCGUGCGUCAACCAAAAAUGGUCCUAUUGAUCGUUACUAUGUCGUUGUUUAUCUGAACGACUCUGCCACGGCUUCAUCAUUCACACCACAAGAGGGCCGACGAGAAUGUUGCUAUACUGCUGCGGUAUUCAAUGAAUCUCAAUUACCGGAAAUGUUUAUUCUGGGCGAUGGAAAGGAAACUCGAGACUGGAAUCCCUUCUCAGCCAACACCUACAAUAAUUCUCCAAUAACUACUACCAGUCGAGUUCAACUUAUUUCAUGGGGUUUCAAUCGUAAAGGAGAGAAUUUGAUAGCAUCGAGUCCAACGAUUCUCGUCAAUGCUCUAUUCAAGUCACCGCAAACAUCGAACGAAGAAACAUUCAACAAUCUUCUGCGAAUCUUCGGAAUCAUCUUUUUAUUAUUUUUAUUUCUCAUUAUCGUCAUAUUUUUCUCAUUGAAAUUCAAUCGAACCAAAAGAAAGUCGUUAACACCACCUCCGGAAUGUGUACCGUUCGACCUAACUCCAAAAGUUCUAACAAUGGAAAUGCAAAUGCCAAUUUUACCUCCGACAAUAUCACCCGCUUCAUCGGGCGAACCCGUGGAAAUACGCCGUGUGCAACCCGUCACAAGUUAUUCUCCCAUACCAGUCGAAGAAUUCUCUACACAUCUCGAACAUUUGAAAGCAGUCGAUAAUUACAAGUUUUCUCAAGAAUACGAAUCUAUUGAUCCGGGUGAACAAUUUUCGUGGGAAAAUUCGAAACUUGAAUGUAACAAAACGAAGAAUCGCUAUGCUAAUGUGGUCGCCUAUGAUCAUUCACGAGUAAUCCUUCGUCCGAUCGACGGUGUUGCUGGUAGUGACUAUAUUAAUGCGAAUUAUCUCGACGGUUAUCGAAAACAAAAUGCAUACAUAGCGACGCAGGGUCCGUUACCAAAUACUUUCGCUGACUUUUGGCGAAUGAUUUGGGAAACGAAUUCCAAUUGUAUCGUAAUGAUGACUAAGCUAGAAGAACGCAAUCGUCUGAAAUGUGAUCAAUAUUGGCCCAGUCGAGGAAUGGAAACUUAUGGGCCUAUUCAAGUUACACUGACUGAUUUUAUUGAACUCGCUUCAUACAGUAUCCGAAUGUUUACAAUCGCUUGGACUGGCCAUCCAGAAAAACGAGAAAUUCGUCAUUGUCAAUUUACAGCAUGGCCUGAUCAUGGAAUACUAGAACAUGCAACUGCAUUUUUAAUGUUCGUUCGCCGAGUCAAAACACUCAAUCUGUCGGAAAGUGGUCCGACGGUUGUACAUUGUUCUGCUGGAGUUGGCCGAACUGGUUGUUUUAUCGUGAUCGAUGCGCUGUUAGAGAAACUCAAAUACGAAAAAACAGUUGAUAUUUAUGGGCAUGUCACUCUUCUGCGCGCUCAACGAAACUAUAUUGUUCAAACUGAAGAGCAAUAUAUUUUUAUUUACGAAGCGAUCCAUGAAGCCAUUCAGUCAGGAUUUACCGAAGUUCCUGCACGAAACCUACUUACACAUUUGCAGAGACUGCUUCAACCACUGAACGAUAGUUCAUUGACUGAAAUGGAAUUAGAAUUCAAGCGAUUAGCAAAUAUUAAAGCUCAACCAUCGAAGUUCAUCAGUGCCAAUCAUCCCGCAAAUAAGUUCAAAAAUCGUCUUGUGAAUAUCCUACCAUAUGAAAAUACUCGCGUGUGUCUAUCUCCUAUACGUGGAAUCGACGGAUCAGAUUAUAUCAAUGCAUCCUAUAUCGAUGGUUAUCGUCUACGAAAUGGCUAUAUCGCUACUCAGGGACCAUUGAACGAAACCAUAGAUGAUUUCUGGCGAAUGAUAUGGGAGCACAAUGUAACGAUAAUUGUGAUGCUGACGAAAUUGAAAGAAAUGGGAAGAGAGAAAUGCGCUCAAUAUUGGCCUGUAGAUCAAUCAAUGCGUUCAGGAUAUUUUAUAAUAGAUCCUUCAGGAGAAUAUCAUAUGCAACAAUAUCUAUUGAGUGAAUUCAAACUAACUGAUACACGAGAUGGACAAUCUCGAACAAUUCGCCAUUUUCUGUACACCGAAUGGCCAGAACAAGGUGUACCUAAAGUCGGAGAAGGAUUUAUUGAUUUCAUUGGACAAGUACAUAAAACGAAAGAGGGCUUUGGUCAAGAUGGACCGAUUGUGGUCCAUUGUUCAGCAGGUGUCGGAAGAACUGGAGUAUUUCUAACGUUAAGUAUCGUUCUCGAACGAAUUCGAUAUGAAGGUGUAGUGGAUGUAUUUCAAACGGUGAAAUUACUACGUACACAGCGACCAGCACUUGUUCAAACCGAGGAUCAAUAUCAAUUCUGUUAUCGUUCAGCAUUGGAAUAUUUAAGUUCAUUUGAUAAUUUGAUAUGA